CGUUGUGGGCGGGGCUUAGUGCCGGUGCGGCGGUUGCGGCAGCUCCCGUCCCUCCCGUCCCCUCACACCGGCCGUUCCCCUCCCGUGAGGCGGCCGCUCCCUCCGUUCCCAUCCGCCAUGAACUCGCUUCUAUUCGGUGAGAUGGCCCGUGCUUUCUCCCCCGGACUCACAACGACUGGAAGCGGUUCACCCGGUCCGGCUGCUGGAGGAGCGGCGGGAGGCCCACCGGUAACGGCGGCUCUGAGGAACGAUUUGGGUUCUAACAUCCAUCUCCUCAAAGGCCUCAACGUGAGGUUCCGUUGUUUCCUGGCUAAAGUGCACGAGUUGGAACGGAGGAACCGGCUGUUAGAGAAACAAUUAGCGGCCCAGCAAUGCGAACGGGACCGACGGCUUCGAUAUAAGACCUUCAACCGGGACCAGGCCGUUCAAACCGAUGGAGGCCUCCCGUUAACUGCUCUGUCUGCAGGCACCGGACCGGGUUUGGUUCCAUCUCAUUAUAGUCGUUUACCCGGUACUAUAUGGAGCUACACCCAAGUGAGACGUACCGGUGGUGGUGGGUUAGAAACGGUUCAAGGACCCGGUGUAUCGUGGAUUCAUCCGGAUGGGGUCGGGGUACAGAUCGAUACCAUCACACCCGAGAUCCGAGCGCUCUACAACGUGUUGGCCAAAGUCAAGAGGGAGAGAGACGAGUACAAGAGAAAAUGGGAAGAGGAACUGACAAGAAGAAUGAGCCUGGAGUCUAUGGUAGAAACCUUGCGAGAGGAGGCACAGGAAGCGGAAGCUCUUCAGGAGGAGUUAAAUGAAAAGAUUGAGAGAUUGAAAGCAGAACUUGUGGUGUUUAAGGGUCUGAUGAGUGAUCCCAUGACAGACCUGGACACCAAGAUCCAGGAGAAGGCCAUGAAGGUAGACAUGGACAUCUGCCGGCGCAUUGACAUCACUGCCAAGCUAUGUGAUGUAGCGCAGCAGCGGAACUCUGAAGACGUUUCCAAGAUAUUCCAGGUGGCUUCCAAGAAGAAAGAACGAAAACUCGCCUCUGAUGAUGACCUCUCAGAACAGGAUGCAGACAACAGCAGGUUCUCUGACGACGAGGUCAGCUGUUCUUUGAACAUCACAGAUGAAAUGAAGCGUAUGUUCAAUCAGCUUCGUGAGACAUUUGACUUCGAUGACGACUGUGAUAGCUUAACGUGGGAGGAGAACGAGGAAACGCUGCUUCUUUGGGAGGACUUCACAAACUGCAACCCUUCAAUUGACCUCCAAGGAGAGGAAGAAAACCUGGGCAACCUGAUCCACGAAACAGAAUCUUUCUUUAAAACAAGAGACAAGGAAUACCAAGAAACAAUAGGGCAGAUAGAGCUGGAAUUGGCCACAGCCAAGAAUGAUAUGAACCGGCACCUGCACGAGUACAUGGAGAUGUGCAGCAUGAAAAGGGGCCUGGAUGUACAAAUGGAAACCUGUCGUAGGCUAAUCAAAGGUUCAGCUGACAGAAAUUCUCCAUCUCCCAGCUCUGUAGCCAGCAGUGACUCAGGAAACACAGAUGAAAUUCAGGACGAAUUGGACAGAGACGCGGAUGUGGAGCCCAUGGUCAGCUGAUACGUGGUUGGAGCAUUCCAGUGAAAGGGAAGACAGAGAUUGGAAAACAACACACUGUUGGGGGGUGAAAAGAAUAAAUACAAGACUUGUAAGCCCCUGCACUGGGCUUCUAAGGACUCAUUCCUACACGCAUCCCCACCCCACCCAAGGAUUGGUGCUGUAAAUUUCUAUUGUUAUACAAUUCACAAAUGCAGAGUCCUGUAAGAAAACACGGUGUUUUAAUUGUGCCUUUGCCCCAAGCUGAGCCACUUUGAGCUCCAGUGGAACAUUACUAGCAGGUGUUUUUAUAUUAAAAAAAAAAGAAGUAAAUUAUAUAUAUAUAUAUUGAAAGAUCUGGUCGCAGCAGAGUAUGGUGCUGCAAAGGCUCCGGAUAUUUCAAUAAGCUUCUGGUUUUAUUGAACUGCUGCACUGAUUGGCAAAUGGAACACUGAGUAAGGAACCCGAGGCAGUUGUGGUGUAAUUACCAAUGCCUGGCACGAAGGUAAAAAAAGAAUGCCUGCAAAUUGAUCUGUAAACAUUUAAAAACAAUAACAGGGUUUCAAGACUGAAAGGUGUUUCUUCAUUCCUUCCUUUUGGCUGAAGGAGCCUUUGAGAUUUGGACAAGCUCUCUGCCAAACUCCAGACUCAGAAGCAGCAGGUCUCAGCUCGGUGGCAAAGCAGUGGGUGAGGGAGGGUUUGUUGGGGUGGGACUGUCACUGAUAAACUACUAUGCAACAAAAAAUAAGCGCGCCUUAUUUAUAUGGAAUGUUUGGUCCCUGCUGGGCUACAGUUAUCUCUUGGGGGAAGGAAAGCUCAAAACACUUUGCACACAUUAGUUACCUGUAGAGCUUCUUUUGAGGAGGAAAGUCUUGUUUCAAUGCCUUUGUUUCCAGUGGUUGGAUUAAGGUGGAAGUGAGACCUUCAGUUCCGGAGCUGUUUUUUGUUUUCUUUUUCUUCAGGAUAUGUUUUUUAAACCACAACGUUUGCAGAUUUUACUUUGCUGACAGGGAGGUAACUCCGCUUUAUGCUGCUUUCGUGAUGUGGGAUAGUUGACACAUCAGGAUGAACUGACAUGUUAUGCUAUGGAUGUGGGCUUGAGAUGACACUGCAGAGAGCUCCAGACCACUGUUAUUCAGCAAAGCUGAACGAUGGACAGCACUGUAAUCCUUUUUAGGACGUAGUAAAGUCAGUCCCAAACUGCUGCUGCCCUAAAGUUAGGGAGGAACAGCUGUGUGCUUUCUCUGUGAGAAAGCUUUGGCAGGAGAAUGUGGGGUCGGAAGUCUGAAUCUCUGGCAUCAUCAAGCUGAUUGUGGUUAUUAGUGGGGGUCGUAGCACCUCAGCCAGGUAAAAACAGGGUAUAAACCUAAGCCAAUAAUGUUUGUUUGUAUUUUAGAGCAAGAUUGCAAGUGUAGUUUUAAUACUGCCUAAAGGUAGCUCUGUAGUUAACUAGCAGUUGCAAUACUCGGUGAGCAAAUACCAAAUGUAUUUUGUACCUGCCAGAAAAUUCAGCAGCUGCUUCAUCUGAGCAGUUCUAGGACUGGGCAGGGAAAUUCCAGAUUUAAGCACCCUCUCAGUGUUAUAUAAAGGUAGGGUGGCCAUCUUUUAGCUUCCUGAGUAUUGGUUCCAAGCCUCUCUUCUUUAUUGAUCUGAAAUCAGCAGGGCUGCAUCGUAAGCAUACAGCCAGUAGAGAUCAAUAUUGCUUCAUUGCAAAAAGAGCACGAGUGUUGAAGCAAAUGGGCUGAAAAUACCUCUCCGUCUCAUGCAGCUGUGCAGAGGGGGCAGGACCUCAGAGGGAUUCUCCUGGUUGUUCAGAGCAAAGAGAACUACUGGGGGUGAUCCAUCUGGAUCCGCAACGUGAGCAUCCGUGGCCUCCGUCCAAAAGAAGAGAUCCAAGGUUAUGGUUCCUUCACUGGUUAAAAUACUCAGCGUUGUUUUUAGCAGAGUUAGCAGCUUCUUGGUUCUUGUGGUGUGUGUUAGGGGCUUCUUCAUCGCGUAGGGUGUGGAAGAAACCUUAUUCCAAAGUGCUCAUUCCUAUUAUUUCUUUGGUGGCCAAAGCGGUAAGUGUCACGUCAUUAGGGCUGCGAGUGUGGGGCGGGUGGGAGGGGGUAAGAAAUACCAGAUGGGAUAUUUUUGUGACUGCAUGCUUUCAAUAAAGUACUGUUGGGGUUUUUGAGCCUGUAUGAACUUCAGCUGCUAAAACAUGUUGUUUCUCACGAGGCCUGAGAAACCGUCUGCCAAAGCUGAAUGUCUGUGAUGCUUUAGUGACUUUGGUGGAGGCAUUAAGCAAUCUCCUUUGCACAGUGUGUCAGCCUCGUCGGAGGCUGUCGUGUGGCUGUCCUCAAAUUAUGGGAUGUUUUUUGGUUUAAAUGACCAUCUGGCUUAGCUGCUAUAAAACUUGGUGACGUAGUAAGAAAAAGGCUGAGUGGUCUUGAAACUUGGAGCUGGUGUGGUGAGAUGGGAAAGAACAUCCUCAGUUUGACAGAGGGAGCCAAGUGAGGAAGCAGGAAUCGAGCUGUAACCUACAGCUUAUCUCGUAGCCAUACUUAUGAGGAGUCAUAGGGUUGUAGAGGAGUCAUAGGGUUGUAUUUUUUGGUAAGUGUAGGGGAUGUGGGUCUGUAGUAGACAGUAUAGAAAUAACGUGUACGGUGGUGAUGUGUGUGAUGGGAAGCUACCAUGCUUGUUGGUGUCUUUCUUAUAACCAUAUGUAAUCCAUUUUUUAGGGGAGAGAAAAAAACACAACAAAGAGGUGUUUUCAUACUUGGGAUUGGGGUUUUAUUUUCACGUAGGUCUCAGAGAGGUCAAUCUUUUGGAUAUGACCAAGGUUGGUCCUUGAUAGUUUCCCUUGGAGGUCUUCGGUUGGUUUGGCAUCAAGUGAUGCCAACAGCGGGCCCUGUUCUGUUUGUGUUGAACCACUCUGUAGCAACCAGAUGAAAAGCUUGCCAGAAAAAAAAAAAACAUGGUGAAAAUGCUGGAAAAUGAUUUUGAUGACCUCUUUCUUUUCCUUUCCUUUGUAAAGCUGUAAAUACUUUAUUUUUGUUUACUACUCAUAAUGCGGUGUCAUAUUGACACUUUUUUAGACCGAUAAUCAGAAAAAUCCUCCUCAUUGUCUCUCAUUUUAUAAAAGGGGGUUUCAAGGAAGCAAAUUUUUUUGCUUGUUAGCAGUGUAAUAAUGUGUCCAGUUCCUAAAAUGGGUUUGUACAAAAAUAAUAUGGACAAUUAAUAACGUUUUCGGUAAACAAUGGCGGUUGCUUUUGUGGAUGCAUGUCGUUCAGAAAUGUCCAAAGAGUGAUGUGAUACAAACA